UAAAACGGCUUUUUAGCCUGUUGCAACUGUUUGUGUUAGCAUCCGGUGCUAACGGUACAACAACCUAUCGAGUAAAUACCCGCUCAACAUAAGAAGUUACCAAGUUGCAUGUUGCCUUUUCUGACUGCUGUAUUGUUGAUAUACUUGUUGUGUUAUUAAACAAACGGUAGAUAACCCUCGUGGAAACGGGACGAUGUUCACUUAAUGUGCUGCUGCUUCAAUGGAUUCUAUUCGAGCAUCGGAUCGCAUGUGUACCUAAAAAACACAACUUUAGCUCCUUCAACACUCCGACCAGCUGGCUUGGAUACAAGUCCACUUCCCGACCCCAUCGUGAUGAAGUGGUGCUCCGUCCACGAUGCUUUUCUAUUCUCAUGGUUAAGCCUAUCAUUAACAUAACUCUUCUUUUUAUAGUGUAACGACACCCAAAUAAUUUCAACCCUGGAGACAACCAUGACCUCCCUGGGGAGCAGUAGUUCCUCAGCCACGGAAUACACAGUGCGAGUCCCCAAAAACACCAGCAAAAAGUACAACCUCAUGGCUUUCAAUGCUGGAGACAAAGUCAACUGUUCAACCUGGACACAGGCUCGUAUGGAAAGAGACAUGAGUGGCCGGCGGAUAUAUGGGGACGAAGAGACGGCCGAUGGCGCAGCCGGCAGUGAGUUUGGCAAAAAGCAGCGCGAGGAAGCGCGCCGGAAGAAGUUUGGUAUCGUCAAACGAGAGUUCAAAGUGGAGGAUCAGCCCUGGAUUCUCAAGAUCAAUGGCAAGGCCGGCAAGAGGUUCAAAGGUCUAAAGAAAGGCGGUGUUACAGAAAAUGCAUCCUACUACAUCUUUACCCAGUGUCCUGAUGGAGCGUUCGAGGCCUUCCCUGUCCACGGCUGGUACAACUUUACGCCGCAGGCCAAGCACCGAACCCUCACUGCUGAGGAGGCUGAGGAGGAGUGGGGCAGAAGAAACAAAGUGGUGAAUCACUUCAGCAUCAUGCUGCAGAGACGUUUCCGGGAGCAGGAGCGUGGCGGUAACGAUGAUGAUGAUGACGAGAAUGAGAAGUCGGGGAAGAAGAAAAAAAAGGGGGGUGGCAGAGGGGGCGAUCUGCGCAUUCACGACCUGGAGGAGGACCUGGAGAUGAGCAGCGAUGACAGUGACAGCAGUCUGGGGGACGACGGAGAGAGUAAGGCAAAGUCGAAGAAAAACGCAGGGAAAGGAAAAGCAAAGAAGAAGAAGAAGAGAAAGAGCAGCGACAAAGAGGCCUUGGAGGACAGCGAUGACGGCGACUACGAGGGUCUCGAGGUGGAUUACAUGUCGGAUGAAAGCAGUUCAGAAGAAGAGCCGGAAAAGGGAAAGAUCAGAAAAGGAGAGGAUCAUCCCAAAGGGAUCGAUGAGAUGUCCGAAAGUGAGGAAGAGAGUGAGGAGGAGAAAGCCAACGAAGAGGAAGCAAAAGAGGAGGAAGAAGAAGAGGAAGGAAAGAAGACGCCGGUCCAAGCGGAAAAGAAGAAGAAAAAAGACAGCAGCGGAGAGUCCGAAAGCUCCGACGACAGUGACAUCGAUGGAGAGACUCCCUCCGCGCUGUUCAUGAAGAAGCGCACGCCUCCUAAACGUGGAGGACGUGGCUCUGCAGGCAGCUCCAGGACCGGCAGUCGCCCCGGGACCCCAUCCAUCGACUCCGCCUCCACCUCCAACACGCUCCGCGCUGCUGCCAGCAAGCUCGAGCAAGGUAAGAGACCGACUCCGGGUCCCAGCGCCGACUCUCCAGCUGCCAAAAGGCUCAAAAUGGAGCCCAGCAGUCAGAGCCCAGCUCCCUCUGGGAAGAGUACGCCUCAACCACCAUCAGGCAAAUCCACUCUCAGCUCCAGUGACGUGCAGCUGACGGAGGAAGCAGUCCGGCGAUACCUGAUCCGUAAACCGAUGACCACCAAAGACCUGCUGAAGAAGUUCCAGACCAAGCGCACCGGUUUGAGCAGCGAGCAGACCGUCAACGUGCUGGCACAGAUCCUGAAGCGCCUCAAUCCGGAGCGCAAGAAUGUGAACGACAAAAUGCACUUCUACCUCACUGAGUAAGUGAAGGAAGAGGGCGGAGAGGACAUGAACCUCUUCAUUCAGAAAGCCAUGUUCCCCUCCGAGAGGGUUUGUGUCCGUUUUAAAACAUGUUGUGACGUGCCGCGGGAUCGGAAGUUGAGACCGUCAUCACUGGUGGCAGUUAUCAAAAAGUAUUAUGUUCAGUUAGUGUUAAGCAUCCUGCAUUUGUUUUUCAUUCCCUUAAAUCUCACGUUAAAUAUUAGAAAAACAACUGGAUUUCUAGUUGUUCGCCAUGUGUGAACAGUUUAACUUGGAACUUAAUGAUACAAUAAAAGUAUGGAACUUGUUUUUCUGAGGUAGAAUUCUUUCCAAUAAAACAUCAAAUCUGAA